GAACAUGACAACAUGAUGCGAGAAGAGCAGACUUUAGGACCCAGUCCACGGAGCGGGCUAGUCGGGUUUCUCUUUCUUACUUAACGUCUGUAAUGUCAUUCUUGAUGCCAGAAGCGUGUCACGGUGAUCAGAACUGAAAUUUGAAGGUGGAAGAGAAUCAUUUGUUUAAGCAGUAGAGCAUCAUGGGUGGAGUGGCAUUGGAUGACGGUGGUUGUAGAGUGAAGGCUCCUGAUGGUGGCUGGGGUUGGGCUGUGCUCUUUGGUUGCUUCGUCAUCACAGGUUUCUCCUACGCCUUUCCAAAGGCCGUCAGUGUUUUCUUCAAGGAGCUGAUUAGAGAGUUUGGGGUGGGCUACAGUGACACAGCCUGGAUCUCCUCCAUCCUAUUGGCUAUGCUUUAUGGCACUGGGCCUUUAUGCAGCAUUUUAGUGAAUCGAUUCGGGUGUCGUCCAGUGAUGUUGGUGGGCGGCCUCUUUGCAUCAUUGGGAAUGAUCUUGGCAUCGUUUGCCACGAGCAUCAUCCACAUUUACUUAUGUAUAGGAGUCAUUACAGGUCUUGGAUUGGCUCUGAACUUUCAGCCAUCACUCAUUAUGUUGAAUCGAUAUUUCAGUGAGAAGCGUCCGCUGGCUAACGGCCUGGCAGCGGCUGGGAGUCCGGUGGCUCUGUGUUGUCUGUCCCCUCUCGGGCAGAUCCUUCAGUAUGAAUAUGGCUGGAGAGGGGGCUUCCUCAUCUUGGGAGGGAUACUGCUGAACUGCUGUGCUUGUGGGGCUUUAAUGAGGCCUUUGGUCCCAUCAAAGAAGUCAGAGACCCCUGGAAUUGAAAACACACCGGAUGAUGUCGACAAGAAAGCCAAACCCAAACCCAAGCUGCUGGACUUCAGUGUUUUCAGAGACCGGGGCUUUGUCAUUUACGCCGUCGCUGCCUCCAUUAUGGUGCUCGGUUUGUUUGUGCCUCCAGUGUUUGUGGUGAGCUAUGCCAAAGAACUGGGAAACGAGGACACGAAAUCCGCCCUCCUGCUUACCAUUCUGGGUUUCAUUGACAUUUUUGCACGGCCCACGUGUGGCAUCAUCGCAGGACUCCGGUGGGUUCGUCCUCGCUGCGUCUACCUCUUCAGUUUUGCUAUCUUAUUCAAUGGCAUCACAGAUCUGGUGGGCUCUUUGUCUAAAGACUACAACUCUCUGGUGGUGUUCUGCAUCUUUUUUGGCAUCUCUUAUGGCAUGGUUGGGGCCUUGCAGUUUGAGGUCCUCAUGGCUGUUGUGGGUACAGAGAAGUUCUCAAGCGCCAUUGGUUUAGUUCUUCUGCUUGAAGCCAUUGCUGUGCUGGUUGGGCCUCCAUCUGCUGGGCGCCUUUUGGACUCCACUAAGAAUUACAUGUUUGUCUUCCUGCUGGCUGGGAUUGAGGUUGUGACGGCAGCUUUAGUGCUGGCAAUAUGCAGCUUCCUGUUCAUAAAAAAGAAGCCUGAGGCACCAGAGGCUGCAGUGGAGGCUGGGGAGACAGUCGAGGCAAAGAAUCACUCAAGUACGCCACCCAUAGGGGAGCCAAACAAGGCCAAUGGAAACUCAGAAAAGCAGAGGGAUCCGGGUGACCUGAGACCUGAGAGUGCAGUGGAGGAUCCAACAGAAGUGGAAACAUUUCUUAAAUGUAAAGAUAAGAACAUCACCUGUAGUCCAGAAUCUGACCUCUGAAGGACAUCAAGACUUUGACCUUUUCUGCUUAGGUUGGAAAGUCAAACAAGAGCAGUUUGGGAGUUGCAGUGUUAAUGUGUGUCACCGUGUAGUGUGAUGUGAUAUCCUAAUGUGUGUGCUAUUUUACUGACAGAUGACUAUUUAAUCAAUAAUAGAGGCCCACACUUCACUCAUGCUGUUCAAAAUAUCGCAUUUGCACUGCCACACAGAGAUCUGGACAAUCCACUCUCUGUAAGUCUGUAGCUCAAUACCACAGACAUUUCUAUGACUUAAACCUACGUUAUCUAGGUUAAAGGUGCUGUAAGUGAUUUUAUUAUGGAAUAGUUUGCAGGAAAUGAUGCUGUCUACUGAAUGAAUACUGAGAUAUCACACCGAUCUCUGUGACAGUCAUAAACAGUAAAAGAAAAAUUGCCUUUUUUAGCCAAUCAGAACAUGUUUGAGGUACUUUCUGUCAGUCAAUCAGGCCAUUUAUGAUAAACUGACACUGAGUGUGAUAGAUUAACUUGGAAGGUAUAUAGUGAUUAUCAUUCAAGCUUUUUUUAUUUUCUUCCCUAUUGUGAUGUAUAUCCGAGUGAAACAGAUUCACAAAACAAAAAAAAAUAGAUUUUGUCCAUCGGGAACUGAUUGAAUGGUUGUGGUUUGCUAGUGCUGUGAUGUCAUGCGAGUGACAGGUUGUCCCGUCCUCAUGCCAGUAAACACGUCAUCAGAGAUGAUGUUGCAAGAGGGAGGGGAAUUAAUUUUUUUUAAAGAUGAGGGCACAUGAAAAAAAAAUAAUGACGCGCACAGAUAAAUUUUGUAUCAUAAAUGUUGCAAUAUUCCAUAAUUUUUUUUUUUUUUUUUUUCUCCAUGGUGACUUAAAUAUCAUCACUUCAUAGUGACUUAAAUAUCAUUACAGCACCUUUGACUAAGUGAAAAAAACAUCACACAACUGAAGUAGACAGCUAUCACAGGAACAGAAAGCCUGAUCAUACUCGUAGAUAUCAGGAGAUACAUCAGAGUUUCCACUACUCACACAAAAUGUACCUUCUGUUUACACGCUUUUGUAAUAAUAUGUGUGCCGAUUUAUAAACGAUCAUACUUUGGAACCUCAAGCAAUAUGUAAACUGCUUUGCUUUUGUGGAUUGUGAGCAGUGUGGUCCACUGGCUUUAGUAGAUGUCUGAAAAUGUUAUGAUUUCCUGCAUAAAGAUCAGUACUGUUAUAUUCCUUUAGUAUCAUUAGAACAUUCCCGAUAGAAAGCUACUGCCAUACUUCACCUUCUUUAGUAUGUCUCAGUGUCAAAGGACAGAAUCAGGUCCUCUGAAUAGUUUAUGUUAGUUAAAUAUAAUUGUAUUAUUCAGUAUUAGUUGUACUGUGAAUUCAUUUUUUGACACUGUUGGUGUUUCUCAACUGAGAAUUUUAACUUUUCACUGAUAUGCUGAGAUUGUCAUAGCGUAGUUAAGUAGAGAGCAGGUAUCUCUGUAUUUAUGACUUCAUUGAGGAGUCCUUUAGCAAUAUUUGCAUUUACCUGUUUUUCUCCUACUCUGAAUGUUUAACAAACCUGAGCUGUUAAAUAGUUUAUUCUCAACAAAUAAUUUAUAUUCUUUUUAAUAUUCACCAAAAUGCACUGAAAACCAAUGAAGAGCACUCGAACUCAAGUGAUAUUGUGGUAAAAUUGCUUUUUAUUUUUAGAAAACAAUGAUGACGGAGAAGCAUGCAGUGUGUCCCAUUGUUUCAUUGUAAAAGAAAUGAGGUUUGACAGCACUGCCUAGUAUCAUUAGUUCUAAUUUUAUACCAGCAUCAGCUUCACUACUGGUUAAACUACUUGCCACAUUGAAUAUUUAUUUAAAUAAUACAUCUUCAGUGCAGCUAUGAGAAAUUUAGACUCAGUAACCCCAGAAUCUGUUAAACUGCCCUUCAACUGUGCCUAUCUGAGUCAGGCUGGGACAUAUUUGUAUUUAUUUCAUUGGUUUCAAUUUUCAUAACGACUGCAUAAAUUGUUAAUGACUCAUCUCUGUCUGCUGAAAACCAAAAUUGCGCAAUAAAUGUUGAAUACUCA